AUGCACUCGGAUGCUGCCGCUGUCAACUUUCAGCUGAAUUCUCAUCUCUCAACACUGGCAAAUAUUCAUAAGAUCUACCACACCCUUAAUAAGCUAAAUCUAACCGAAGACGUUGGUCAAGACGAUCACCAAACAGGAAGCCUGCGGUCUUGUAGUUCUUCGGAUUGCUUCAGUAAAGUGAUGCCGCCAAGGAAAAAGAGAAGACCUGCCUCUGGAGAUGACUUAUCUGCUAAGAAAAGUAGACAUGACAGCAUGUAUAGAAAAUAUGAUUCAACUAGAAUAAAGACUGAAGAAGAAGCUUUUUCAAGUAAGAGGUGCUUAGAGUGGUUCUAUGAAUAUGCAGGUACUGAUGAUGUUGUAGGUCCUGAAGGCAUGGAGAAAUUUUGUGAAGACAUUGGUGUUGAACCAGAAAAUGUAGUUAUGCUUGUCCUAGCUUGGAAAUUGGAUGCACAAAAUAUGGGUUAUUUUACUCUACAGGAAUGGUUAAAAGGAAUGACUUCUCUACAAUGUGAUACAACAGAAAAACUCAGAAAUACUUUGGAUUACUUAAGAUCAUUAUUAAAUGAUUCUACAAACUUUAAACUUAUUUACAGAUACGCAUUUGACUUUGCACGGGAAAAGGACCAGCGCAGCCUAGACAUUAACACUGCCAAGUGCAUGUUGGGACUGUUAUUAGGAAAAAUCUGGCCCCUUUUUCCAGUUUUUCACCAAUUCUUAGAGCAAUCAAAAUAUAAAGUUAUUAACAAAGACCAGUGGUGCAAUGUGCUAGAGUUUAGCAGAACAAUUAGCCUUGACCUCAGCAACUACGAUGAAGAUGGCGCAUGGCCCGUUUUGUUGGACGAGUUUGUGGAGUGGUAUAAAGACAAGCAGAUGUCCUAG